UAGGAAAGAUAAAACCAGAACUCUUGUUUUUGCAAAGAUUGUAAGGUGGACUUCUCAGCAAGAAAAGGCUGUUGGGAUAUCAGGGCUUAUAUAGAAAAAGAAAUUUGUUACAAACAUUGGAGAAGGUAUUCAAAUUGGUAAGGCCCUGGUCUGUUAGCAUGUUCUUAGGAUGCCUACGUGCAGACCAUUAAUCCAUGGUUGUUUAAUCUGCAGAAAGCAGAAACGUGGAUCACGGUAGAGAAACAUCAGUAGAAAGGAAAGGAAUGAGUGAAGGGGAGGCAAAGUAGCCAUGAGAAGCGUCGUCGUCAGUUUGUACUGUGACUUAGGCAGCAAGCAUCACUGCAAGAAAAGCAAGUCGAGGGGAGUGAAGGACUCCGACGAGCUGAGUGAGGUUUCAAAAGGUGCGUGUGAAGAGGCCAGCCAAAAAGAUUGGGGCUGGGAAACAUGCAAGAGGAGAACAUCAAAUUGGGGACUGCUGGAGAGGGAACGGUACACCGACACUUCCACGAAGGAAGGCUGCUAGCCACCUACUAGCCUCGGAGUGCGGCGGGAGCGCGGCGUGGGAAGGAAGAGCGUCGGGGCGGCGCCGGGCGGCUGCGUGCGCACCCGGGGCCCCGCGGGCCCGGGGGCUUGCGGACCCGGGCGCUGGAUCUGGGCGCGGCGCGGGGGGACGGAUGCGGGGCGGAGGGGGAGGUGUGCGCAGAGUUUGGUGAUGUCACUGCAAGUCGGUGCGCGGUGAAAUUUAACACCGGCCUGAUGUGCUUGGCUCCUCUCCUUCCAGGCGAAGCUGCCGGCCGUAGUCAACGCUGAGCCCCUGCAGUUGCCACCGGCCCCCUCGCGCGGAGUAGAUUUUCGAAGCCCAAGGCAGAGGACUCCACUGGAGUCACAGAGUCGCCUUUGAACCGCAAGUGAACUCGAGCGCUGCGCCCGCGGCCGAGCUCCAGCAGCUGCCGGCGUCCCGCCGCCUGCCAUACCUGUACCCUUAGCAGUUCGGAGCUGGCUUCUGUUUUCCGUUAGCGCUUCGCUGCAGGGUCAAAUGCAUACAAAUGCAUUUAGGAGCCCACAGGACAAGGCGUGGAAAGGUCUCCCGCACAGCAAAAACGAAACUACUUCUUCACUUCAUUGUGCUAUGUGUGGCAGGGGAUGCUGGUCAUGCUCAAGAACAAGGCAUAGAUAUUCUUCAUCAACUAGGUCUUGGAGGCAACGAUGUAAAAUACUCAUCAUCAGUGACUGCGGUACCAUCAUCAUCUACACCAUUACCUCGGGGGGUCCAUUUAACAGAAUCAGGUGUCAUUUUAACAAAUAAUGCUUAUUUUGAGUCACCUCUCAGAAUUUUACCAGUCAAGUUAGAACAGCCAUUUACGAUAUUAAUUGGGUUGCAGUCACAUAGAGUAAACAAUGCAUUUCUCUUCAGCAUUAGAAAUAAAAAUAGACUGCAAUUAGGAGUACAAUUAUUACCUAAAAAAUUAGCGGUAUACCUUGGAGGAAAGCAGUCUGUAUUUUUCAACUACAGUGUUCAUGAUGAGCAAUGGCACUCCCUGGCAAUUACUAUUCAAAACCAAGUUGUCUCAAUGUUUGUUGAGUGUGGAAAGAAAUACUUUAGCAGAGAGACUCUUUCAGAAGUUCUGACCUUUGAUGCUAACAGUGUGUUUACCUUAGGAAGUAUGAAUAAUAAUUCUGUCAAUUUUGAAGGAAUACUAUGUCAGUUGGAUAUUGUUCCUUCUGCAGAUGCAUCUGCAAACUAUUGCAGGUACAUGAAACAGCAGUGUCGUCCUGAGACAAGGCUUCUUCAUACAACUAUUGUACCAGCUGAGAUACCAGAAAACUCUCCUUUGCUUAAGCAGUUUGGUGAAAAAGUAUUGGCAGAAGAUACACUUAGUAAAGGCAAAAGUAUUCCAAAUAUUAUAAAUAAUGAUUCUGCAACAGUGCAUAAACAACAAGAGUACCAGAUACCAAGAUCUCAGUUAACUUCUCAUCAUUCAGGGAAGGUCUCUGCUGUGGAUCUUGUGAGCCAUGGGAUUCAGUCCAAAGAAAUGAUCACUGAGGAACAUACUCAGACCAAUUUAAGCCUGUCGAUGACCCAUCAUCGCUUCAAUGAAGCAAGAACAAAUAGCAAGGGGAAAUUGAGUUCUCUCAUAAAUGUAUCCAAUAAUAUCACACAGCAUGAUGAUAGAGUAACUGGGCUGUCACCAUUUAAGAAGAUACCAUCUAUUCUUCCUCAUAUAAAACAAGAUACAAUUGCUAAUCUCCAGGAGACUAUCACAGCAAAUCUACACACUAAUGAACUCAUGGAACUACAACAGAUUUCAAAUACAACCUUACACAGAGUGACAGAUGAGCCAUCUGUGGAUAAUCACCUUGAUCUAAGGAAGGAAGGUGAACUUGAUCCUGACGCUACUUAUGCCAUCGAAAAUAGCUAUGAAAAUGAGUUUUAUGAUUAUUAUUAUUAUUAUGAGGAUCUUAAUACAAUGCUGGAAAUGGAGAAUCUGAGAGGGCCAAAAGGGGAUCCUGGACCUCCCGGUCCACCUGGUCCAAUGGGUAUCCCAGGUCUGGCAGGGAAAAGAGGUCCACGGGGCAUACCAGGGCCACAUGGAAAUCCUGGGUUACCUGGAUCACCAGGUCUAAAAGGCCCCAAAGGAGAUCCGGGGUUUUCCCCAGGUCAAGCUGUUUCUGGAGAAAAGGGUGAUCAAGGCCUUUCUGGUUUAAUGGGCUCCCCCGGUAUGCAAGGUAAUAAGGGUCUCAAGGGGCACCCAGGGCUCCCAGGACUCCGAGGUGAACAAGGAAUUCCAGGAUUCACUGGUAAUAUUGGUUCACGUGGUUACCCUGGCAGGCAGGGUUUAGCUGGAGCAGAAGGAAAUCCAGGUCCCAAAGGUGUACGAGGUUUCAUUGGCUCUCCUGGAGAAGCAGGACAACUGGGACCUGAAGGAGAACGAGGAGUUCCUGGGGUCCGUGGAAAGAAGGGUCUUAAGGGAAGACAGGGUUUUCCAGGCGACUUUGGAGGCAGAGGCCCUGCGGGUCCGGAUGGCAGUCCCGGACUUGUGGGUAGCAUUGGUCCUUCAGGAUUUCCUGGACUUAGAGGCAGUGUUGGCCCUAUGGGACCAAUUGGACCUUCUGGAAUUCCUGGACCAGUGGGUCUUUCCGGGAGUAAGGGCCUACAUGGAAUCAAAGGUGAUAAGGGUGAACAAGGCAUUGCAGGAGAGCCAGGAGAGCCAGGGUAUCCUGGAGACAAGGGUGCUGUUGGUGUUCCAGGACCAUCAGGGAUGAGAGGAAAGCCAGGACCUUCAGGCCAAGCAGGUGACCCAGGAUCUCAAGGACCAUCUGGCCCUCCAGGACCAGAGGGUUUUCCAGGAGAUAUUGGGAUUCCUGGACAAAAUGGCCCUGAAGGAUCAAAGGGACUCCUUGGAAAUAGAGGGCCUCCUGGACCUCCGGGUGUUAAAGGAACUCAGGGAGAAGAAGGACCUAUUGGACCCUUUGGAGAACUGGGGCCAAGAGGAAAACCAGGUCAAAAGGGAUAUACGGGUGAACCAGGACCAGAUGGCUUAAAGGGAGAAGUAGGAGAUCAAGGCAACCCUGGAAAGACUGGUGAAACAGGACCUGUUGGUGUACCUGGAGAAGUUGGGAUGACUGGAAACAUUGGUGAAAAGGGUUAUCCAGGUCCUCCUGGGAUUCCAGGACCCACUGGUCCACCGGGAUUACCUGGUCCUGCAGGGGCAAGAGGACCACCUGGGGGUCAAGGUACUAAAGGACAAAGAGGACCAAGAGGACCAGACAGUCUCCCAGGGGAACAAGGUAUACAAGGUACCAAGGGUAAAAAAGGAGAUCAAGGAAAAAGAGGGCCUCAUGGUCUUACUGGUAAGACUGGGAACCUUGGGGAGAGAGGAGUUCAAGGGAAACCAGGUUUACAAGGACCUCCAGGGAGUGCAGGAGACAGGGGACUUGAAGGAGAACAAGGACCACGAGGACUGCAAGGUGUUGCUGGACCUCCUGGAGAAAUGGGUGCUGAGGGACCUUCAGGUAUUGAGGGAGAAUCUGGUCUGCAAGGCGAGCCAGGUGCAAAGGGAGAUGUGGGACCUGCAGGCAGCGUUGGAGUUGCUGGGGAACCAGGGUUAUGGGGUGAACCAGGAACUGCUGGAGAAGAAGGUCACCAAGGAAAAGAUGGAUUAAAGGGAAGCCCAGGAGGAAGUGGACUUCCUGGAGAGGAUGGAGAAAAAGGAGAAAUAGGUUUACCAGGGACUGUGGGGUCCUUGGGUAGACCAGGUCUAAUGGGCCCUCUGGGACCUGAAGGAAUUGUGGGAAUUCUGGGACAAAGAGGUCGUCCAGGAAAAAAGGGUGAUAAAGGACAAAUAGGGCCCAUAGGAGAAACUGGAAGCAGAGGUGCUCCUGGACAAAUUGGGGAAAGUGGUCCUAAAGGUGCCAGAGGAACUAGAGGCACUGUGGGCCACUUAGGAUUGAUGGGACCUGGUGGAGAACCAGGAAUUCCAGGAUACAGGGGCCAUCAAGGUCAACCAGGACUUUCUGGGUUGCCAGGUCCUAAAGGAGAAAAGGGUUAUCCAGGAGAAGAUAACACAGUGCUAGGACCACCUGGGCCUCGAGGUGAACCAGGUCCAAUAGGGGAACAAGGAGAGAGAGGAGAGCCAGGAGCAGAGGGAUAUAAGGGUCAUGUGGGUUUAGCAGGACCAAGAGGUGCCACUGGACAACAAGGCCCCCCAGGUGAGCCAGGUGACCAGGGUGACCAAGGACUAAAAGGAGAGAGAGGAUCUGAAGGGCCUGAUGGGAAAAAAGGAGCUCCUGGUCCUUCUGGGAAACCUGGGAUUCCUGGACUUCCAGGUUUACCAGGGUCAAAAGGCAUGCAAGGACACCAUGGAGCAGAUGGCAUUUCGGGAAACCCUGGAAAAGUUGGGCUACCAGGAAAACAGGGACUUCCUGGCAUCAGAGGCAGCCCAGGAACAACAGGACUGGCUGGGUUUCCAGGUCCUCGAGGAGCAAAGGGUACAUCAGGCCUGCCAGGAAGCUCAGGAGUUCUAGGCCCAAAGGGUGAACAAGGGCCACCUGGUCAACCUGGAAUUCAAGGUAAAAGAGGUCACCAAGGAGCACAGGGUGAUCAAGGACCACAUGGAGAACCUGGCCUGAAAGGGCAGCCUGGAGAACGUGGUGCUCCAGGUUUAACAGGUUUCCAAGGAUUUCCAGGACCCAAAGGUCCUGAAGGAGAUGCUGGCAUUGCUGGAAUACUAGGUCCUAAAGGUCCUAUUGGACUGAGAGGAAACACUGGACCCUUUGGCAGAGAAGGUAUAAUAGGCCCAACAGGUAGAACUGGACCUAGAGGUGAAAGAGGCUUUAGAGGUGAAACUGGUCCCCAAGGACCAAGAGGGCAACCAGGGCCUCCAGGUCCACCUGGAGCACCGGGUCCAAGAAAACAAAUGGAUAUCAAUGCUGCUAUUCAAGCCUUGAUUGAAUCACAUACAGCUCUACAGAUGGAGAGCUAUCAGAAUACUGAAGUUACUUUAAUUGACUACAGUGCAGAGAUAUUCAAAACCUUGAACUACCUAAGCAAUUUACUGCACAGCAUUAAGAAUCCUCUUGGCACACGGGAUAACCCAGCACGAAUCUGCAAAGAUUUGCUUACCUGUGAACACAAAGUAUCAGAUGGGAAGUACUGGAUUGAUCCCAAUCUUGGAUGCCCUUCAGAUGCCAUUGAGGUGUUCUGUAAUUUCAGUGCUGGUGGUCAGACAUGUUUAUCUCCAGUUUCUGUGACAAAGUUGGAGUUUGGAGUUGGGAAAGUCCAGAUGAACUUCCUUCAUUUACUGAGCUCAGAAGCGACCCAUAUCAUCACUAUUCACUGUCUAAACACUCCAGUGUGGACAAGCACUCAGACAGGUGGCUCAGGAUUGCCUAUUGGUUUCAAGGGAUGGAAUGGACAGAUUUUUGAAGAAAACACUCUACUUGAACCUGAAGUGCUUUCAGAUGACUGCAAGAUUCAAGAUGGCAGCUGGCAUAAAGCAAAAUUCCUUUUUCAUACCCAGGACCCAAAUCAACUCCCAGUAAUUGAAGUACAAAAACUUUCUCAUCUCAAAACUGAAAGGAAGUACUACAUUGAAAGCAGUUCUGUAUGCUUUCUCUAAAGUCUAAGAAUUAGUUCAGAAUUCAUGCUGUUGGCCAGGUAAUUGCUGCAGAGAGAAAAAUAUAAAUGGAAAGACACUAUUUGUGAAAUGCAUGAUAUAAAGCAUUGGCUAGAUCUUAAAGAAUCUCAGGAAGAAAAGACUUCCUCUUAAGAAGGGGAAAGGGAUUUUUUAAAAGACUAUAAUUGAUAAAGUAUUUAAUUCUUUUAAAAUUUAUAUUGAUCUGAGCUUUCUUAGAGAAUUCCCUAGAACUGAAAAUUUAUAAACAUGGAAUUCUUCAGGUAUCCUAUAUAUUUUGACUGUCUGAGAGCAAAAUACCUAUUAGACAGCUGGAGACGCAGAGCACUAUGGAGCAAUACUGGCUAAUGCUCCCAAAUGUGCAAUGCUUCUGUCUAAAAAUCACACCACAGUCUAAUAUGUGUUAUUUUCCUAAAUACUAAGUUGUAUUCAGGUCCCCAAAGGGCAUAUACAUCUUAGCCGGUGGUAUACUACCUCUUAUUUGUUGCCUUUUUGUGUUGCUUGGUGCUUUUCUAAAACAAGGUGCUUGUGGCUUUCAUAGACUAUUUUAUUUCUUUUUUCGUCUUUGUCAUUCUGUAAGACUGUAUGUACUGGUUACAUCAAGAUGUUUGGUGGCUACUUAUUUUAAUUUGUUUGAUCACAUACUUAAUAACAAGUAAAAUAUUAUUUAUAUGAAAUCCUUGUUCUAUUUUAAAAUUCUCUUUGUGAAUAUGGAAUCAAUACCAGUGCAUUGUAACCUGUACUUAUGCAUAAGAGAAUUGAUAGGUUUCUUUUGUUUUUGUUUUAUUUUUUAAGUUGUUGUAAAGAAUAUUACAGGCCAGCUACAUUCAGUAGUAGGUUUGGAUUAGAGUUUGGGAAUUCUGAUACACUAUUUUUAAAAAUCCAUGAUCAUCUGGAAUGAUACUUUGUAUAUAUAUAUUUUGUAAAGUUUUAAUUCAGCAAAUCUUUUGAAAUUGCUGUUGUUUUAAAUUAUAAAAACUUUAUAUUUCUGCUUCAUAGAAAUCACAUGUUUUUGUAUUAAUUGUUGAUUUUCUUUUGCUGUUCUUAAAUUUAAAUAAGUUGGGACCUAAAAGAAUGAACUUUUUCAGUCUUUAAAGCAACAUGCAGAAGAAAACUAGUCUUCUGCCAUUGAAAAUAGGCUCAGCCAGUUCAGACUUUCCUUGUCAGAAAAAUGUUAGUCCAGUAUUAAAAGCAUAAUAUUAUACAUUUUGGUACAUAGAAAAGCUUAUACAUUCUUUAUAAACAUACCUUUAGCCACAGCAAACCACACUCAACUAUAAUAAAAUUAUGCUUAAAUA